GGCUGAUUGACGGAGUGACUGACUGACCCGAGAUCAAGCAAUUCGGUGUUCAGUGAGGUUCAAUGCUUGGCUUAUCUGGACUUCCAUGCCUGCUACUCCUACUGUACAGUCUGUACCUGCUCCUCUACAGUACGGAACGACAGCACCUAAUUGCCACUCCCACUUUGAACGAGUGACCAGCACUCAAGCGCCUGUCACCAGCCAUUCACACUUACCACCAAAUUUGGAAGCCCAGCCCAACCAAUAGACUCCGGAUUGGACGGUUUACCCGCCUCCUGACAUUCCCACGCACCCACGCACGUACGCACGCACAUUGCAUCGCCUCGCAGCUGCCUCGACGCCGUCAAUCCUGCCUAGGUACAUACCUACCUACCCACCCACACUUGCAGCAGUAGCACGCAGGCCUGAACGGCUUUUUUUUUCCUCAACUUCCAACAAGCUGCCAAAACAACCCGACACACAUAUCCAUACACACGACGCACGCACGCACGCACACAAAAGUAACGCAUCCCAGCGCAACCCAACGUCUACAAGCCGCGAACCCAACGACCCGACAAGCACGCACCGCCGUCGCAAAAGUCCAAAGUCAAAACAAACACCUACCCUUUACGGGCCGUGCCUGCCCGGCGUCAAUUUGUGACGCUUCUCAAUCCGCCAGACUGGUUGCCCACGGCGCCUAACACCACACCACAGGCUGCGACUUUUCUGCGGCGCACGGACGAUCCCCUACCCCUCCGAUUGUGCCAGAUUCUCAGCCUCGAAGAAUUGUCUCGUACCAUCCUGCCGCCCAUGACAGUCUCAUGAUAUAACACCACAGCCGUUGCGCCCGACUGCCUGACCGUUCAAAGUCAAGGGAAGCGUCGGCCCAGGCCAAUACGCUGUCCCAGCCCCAAGUUCAGAUGAUGACCUCGUCUCGACCCCGCGAUGUUGGUGGCAGCUUUGCAAGCCGACGAGGUCAUUCCAACCAGCUGUCCAUCUCGGACCCAAGCCACCAUGUCACCGAGGCAAUAGGCACCAUGUACGGAGAUAGCGAUGACGAUUCCGGGCCCGAGAGCCGACUCGACAACCCAUCCUUUCCCGACCCUUCUCGAAAGAACCGACCCAUGAGCUUCUUGGCAUCUCCGGCCGGCGGCGAACAGAUAAAGUCCGACGAAAAGAACGGACAAACCCUUUCGCGUUCGGCAUCAGACAAAACACCACUGGCUGCGUCGACAACGGUCGAAGACACCGACUCCAAUGGAGGUUCUGCCGGGCCUAAAGACGUGCCUGUACGGAUGACGAGCAAGCGCGGUAAAUCUUAUGAGGGUCCUAGUUCUCCAAACACGGGCAUGCCGCCAAUUUCUCCCAGCCUAUCACUGCGGGAUGUGCAGGAGGCCGAAUCGUCACAAUUCCCAUUGGGCAGCAUUGAAAAUCCCAGCGAUAUUGCGCAAGAGCUUAGCAAUCUCCAGGCGCUCCGCCGGAUGUCCAUGGACGUUGGCAACACCAGUGAUCCCGAUCUGCUUCCCUUCUCUGGCAUCUCUCUGAUGGCUAUGCCGACUGUGGCUCCUAGUGGCGAGGACGACGAGGCCGACCUGUCUCGUCUUUUGUGGGUUCCAGCCAAGGUUCAUCCCGAACUGGCGCCGGAUCAGUUUAAGAACUUUCUCGAGAACCGCGUCAACACCAUCAAGAGACGGUCAGGAGACUCGACGCUGUCUGUAGAGGGGCUGGAAAGACAUAAUUCCGGGAGUCUCAGGAGGAAAAAGUCGAUGCUUUCAAGGCAGGUCCACAGCUCGGGGACACCAACAGAGGAAUUUGAUAUGCCUAAUAGACUGGAGAGAGAACUAUCCAAUGGUGGCAGAUCUACACCAGAGUUAAGCAUCAACGAACUGGUUAAGGAUCCCAGCAAAGUCGUUCAGAAAUUGGCCCAGGAGACACAGGAUGCAGCCUCUGAAGGAGACUUGCCGAUUCUGCCCGUGGCACCCGGCAUGGGGCUAAGAAGGUCCACAAGGACGACGUACAGGAAAGGCGGCAGUCUCCGUUCCGGUGACCGAAUUCCGUUCUCGAAAAGAGUGGCUGCUAGAGACUCAGAGAAGGACGGUGACAAAGAGCCAGAUGAGACUCCUCCAUUGCCGACCAUUGAAACGCCAAAGGAUCAAGGUCUCCCCAAGAUUCAGACAGAGCCGAGCCAAGCAACUGAGAAUUUCUCCCGGCCGAUGCGUGCUGUCAGGAGGCAGCAGACAUUCCAAAGGGAUAAUGCGGCCGCAUCACCGAUAUCACCAACUUCCACUCUCGACCCUACUAGCCCGAUUCCCUCGAAUAUGGAUGACACCUUAAAUAUCAAGAGCUCUACGUCACGGCCUGGUUCCUCUGACAGGCCCCAGACAUCGGAUUCUGGCCGUCCCGCUCCCCCUCCCGCUCCUGCUCCUGUUUCUGCUCCCAUACCGCAAAUAGUAGAGACGCCGCCGCCCACUGAAAAGGAAACCGAACAACUAUCACAGCCCCAGUCAUCGAGGUCAUAUCCACAUCGGUCGCCAUCCCAGGAGCAGUCACAGCAACAACAGCCGCAGAACAACCAGCAGCAAGAGCAUCCUCCCCCACGUUCGCUUCGGCGUCCGCCCUCGGCGAAGCAGAUUCAAUCUCCAACGUCACCCAAAGCCAGUAUGGAGCAAACCCUCAGCGAUAUGGCCCAGCACCCAUCCCCGCUGCCUGGUGGCAGCAACACCAGAACGGACGCACUCACGUUCAUCCCCACGAUGCCGGCCGAGGAAAAGAGAAAAUCUAAAGAUGAGAGCAGUGGUGACUCUAGCAAAUCCACGGGCUGGAAAUGGUUCCGCGGCGAGGAUCGGGAAAAGAAGAAGCGCGAAAAGGAGGAACAGUCCAAGAAGUCACGAAGCAGGACGUCGACCGAGAAGGCCGCAGGCCACGGCGAUGCGCGGCUGGAUGUGCUCCAGAACAGCAUUGACACUGCGCUACAAAAGGGCCGCGAUAACCUUUUGUUGGACAAUGAGUCUGUGGACAACAAACUGCACGAGGAGCGCAAGAAGGAGAGCUCGCGUACCAAGUCUGGCGAGUCCAAAAAGGAAAAGGACGGCUUCUUUGGGUCCAUAUUCGGCGGCAAGAGCAAAAAGAGCGACAAGGACUCGAGCUCAAGCCGAAAGCAACGAGCGCUGUCGCCAGAGCCGCCGCCAAGGCCUAUGAGACCCGAUAUCGAUUAUCCGUACACGCGAUUUCCUAUCGUCGAGGAGCGGGCCAUAUACCGCAUGGCGCACAUCAAGCUUGCGAAUCCACGACGGCCCUUGUUGAGCCAGGUCCUCCUUUCCAACUUUAUGUAUUCGUACCUGGCCAAGGUCCAGGCUAUGCACCCGCAGAUCAACGUUCCAGUCUCCCCACAACAAAAGCGGGCAGAAGAGGAACGAAGGCGAAAGGAGCAGGAGCAACAGCAGCAGUACAUGAUGCAACAGCAGAUGGCGCACGAGUCUGAGCAAGAUGACGGACAGGGCGGCUAUGAUCAAUAUGGUUACGAUCCCCAACGGUCCGAUAACCAGUAUGGAGACUAUCAGGGGCAACACAAUGGCUCCGUUGAUUACAUAGACGACUCGCAGAUAUAUGAGCAUGACCAGCAGCGAAACGGGCAGGAGAGGCACCAAAACGGCGGCUACCGUAACGAACAGCAGAACGGACAUGUCGAUCGGCCGGGCUCCUCGGGCCGAGCAUACUAUGACUAUGAGCAACACGAGGACGGGCGCAGGCGCGAUGAUGAAAUGUGGUGAGGGCGCUGUGUGACCAGGUGCUGGGUUAGCUGUAGCUGUUUGAAGGCCAUACGUAAGGGAGCCAUGUCAUUCAGGUUCGGGUGUGACGCUCGCAAGCAAUUGAAGCAGCAGCAGUGAACCUGCGACUGUUUUGGGCGUUCUCUUCUCUUUUCUUUUUUUCUUUUUAAUUAGUUUAUUUUUUUGUCACGGUUGUGCGUUCUUCUAUAACAUUCCGAAGUGUACUGGGAAAGCACAAGCAUAGCCGGCUGAGCAAAUGGGAGGGGAAUAUUGUCUAUAGUUUUGUUCUUGAUUCAAUGGGGGUAAGAUCUCAUCGAAUGCAAUUGCUGGUAGGCCAUCUGUCCAUAGAGCCGCCACAUUGCCAAACAUGUUCAAAUACAUCCUGAGGGGUUGCGCGGGGUUUUGAUAUUUUAUAGCAAAUGUGCGUUGUCUUGGUUUUCGUCUGCUGCUUUCUCUAGAGCUCCAUACCUCACUCAGUUACCUGCUUCAAAUAGAUAGAUACCUUACCUAGAUGGGUAGGUAGUAAGGUAGGUAGGUAGGUACCUAGUUAAGCUUAUAACACCCUAAAAGGUUGAAUGCUCCUGAUAAACAAGAUCUUAC